CCUGGAGAGCAAUUACCACCAGAAGGACCAUUGCCUCCUUAUCAAGGAGGUCCUAUACAUCCCUGUGAGGGAGGUCCCAUGCCUCCAAUGCUUGGUGGACCUGGAGGUCCACUUCCUUCAAUGCAAGAUGGAGGACCAAUGCUUGGAAGUCCACCAGGGGGUCCUCCAAUGGAUACAAUGCAAGGUAGUCCUGGAUCUGGGCCUAUGGAUCCACAGAUGUGCCAGCGAAAAAUACCAUCUCUUUUUGAAAUUGUGGUGCGACCCACUGCCCAUUUGGCUCAUAAAUUGGGUGUCAGGCCACCUGGUCCACCAGGAGGUCCCUCUGGGCCACCUCCACCAAGGUUUCCUGGACCUAUGGGCCCUCAAGGCCCACUGCACCAUGAUAUGGAUAUGGAGGAAGGCCCACCUAUGAUGCCCUAUGGUCCUGAUGAUGUACCUGAUAUGAUGGUUGAUGGUCCACCAGGCCCAGACUUCUAUGGUGAAUAUUAUCCAGACCCGAAUAUGGAGAUGAGGCCUGAUAUGAUGGGAGAUGGAGGUGCUUAUAACAACUAUGGAGAGAUGCCAGAAGACAAUCCUCACCAAUAUCACGAGCACCCUCCUGAAGAGGACCCCGAAAAUAUGGAUGCACAGCCAUCUAUCAACAAAGGGAACAUCCCAGACUUCUUGCCCUCUGCACAGCGGGCUCUGUACCUGCGUAUUCAGCAGAAACAGCAAGAAGAAGAGCGAGCAAGGAGAAUGGCUGGAGGAACCCAGCAGGACAGAGAUAAUGAAGAAGGUGAUCCUGGCAACUGGUACUCCAGUGAUGAAGAGGAAGGAGGAAGCAGCGUGACUUCAAUACUCAAGACAUUACGACAGCAGUCCUCUAACCGCCCUGCUUCGCAAGUCCCUUCCCGAGACACCAGUACAGGGGGACAGGUUGACCCACGUCUGCAAAAAAGUUCAGCAGCUCCAUCCAGCCGCCCUACUGAUCCCCGUCUCUCUCGUGAUCCACGACUUUCCAGAACCACAGACAACUCUUUAUCUGACAAAGGUCCAAGUGACCCUAGAUUGGCCAGACAUGCAGUUCAUUCUUCAAAACAAGACUCCCCAGUAAAUAAAAUAGCUGGAGAUGAAGAAGAAGGUGAAAGGGUCCUACGGGAUAAGCCUGUCAACAUCCCCCUUGAUCCUCUCCCCUGGACAUACAUUAAGAGACCCAAGAAGUCAGCUUCAGCAGUUCAGCCAUAUCAAAAAAGAUGUAACUUUGAACAAAACAAACUUUGCCAGAACUGUUUUAUGGAGUCCUGAAGACCUUAUCCCACUGCCCAUUCCUAAACAGGACUUCAUCCCAAUGCCUCCUGCACUACAGUCUAUGCAAAGUCUUGAUUCCAGACUUAACCAUCCAUCCACCUCAGUAUCACACGACCCACGUCAGCGGGCAACUGCUUCUGAUGCACCAGCUUCAAAUACUAGCUUGCCUGAUUUUGAACUGCUGUCUAGGAUUUUGAAGACUGUCAAUGCUGCCUCCAGCACUGCAUCAGCACCAGCUGAAAAACCCACUGAUCCUCGAACACGGAAACCUCCUGCUGACCCACGUCUUCAAAAAUCCACAGAACCUGUGCUGCCUCCACGGCCACCAGAACCUACACAACCCCUUCCCAUAAUACCUCCUGUUGAGAGCACAACAACCAUUGCUCCCUAUGACCCCCGUCUGCUGACUGUAGGGGGACUGAGCAAACCCAGCGGCCAAAGUAACGUUCUCAGCACCAUUAGUUUGUAUGAUCCUCGGAUGGGGAGCAAGACUUCAGCUGAGGCCACUUCUAAUGAGACAACCUCGAAGGGUUCAGACAGCAAAACUGCUGGUAAAGCAAAAGAGCCCCUUUUUGUGCGCAAGUCUGCCCUGGACCAACCUGAAGCAGACAAACCUAAUUCAGAUACGGUCACAGACCGCUACAACAGUUACAACCGGCCCCGUGCUAAAACUACAGCUGUUUCAGAUAACAGCCAGGCAGCUGUUCACAACUUGCCAGUGCCAUCUGUCUAUGGUUUGGUCAAGCAAACCAAAACCGGCAGCGGAAGUCCCUUUGCUGGAAACAGCCCAACACAGGACUCUGAACAGGACGCUGGUUCCCUAAAGGAUGUUUUUAAAGGAUUUGACCCCACAGCAUCUCCGUUCUGCCAGUGA